AUGAUUGAGGAGAGUGGGAAGAGGAGGAGGACAAUGGCAGAGAAGAGACAGCUGUUCAUGGAAAUGAGAGCACAGAAUUUUGAUGUCAUCAGACUUUCAACGUAUCGAACAGCCUGUAAACUGCGGUUUGUACAAAAAAGAUGUAAUCUUCAUCUUGUUGAUAUCUGGAAUAUGAUUGAAGCCUUCCGAGAUAAUGGCCUUAACACUUUGGAUCAUAACACAGAGAUCAACGUGUCUCGACUAGAAACAAUCAUUUCAUCCAUCUACUACCAGCUAAACAAACGCCUUCCUUCUACUCACCAAAUCAGUGUAGAGCAAUCCAUCAGCCUCCUCCUCAACUUCAUGAUAGCAGCAUAUGACAGUGAGGGCCGUGGGAAGUUGACGGUAUUUUCAGUGAAAGCUAUGUUAGCAACAAUGUGUGGCGGUAAAAUACUGGACAAACUAAGAUAUAUUUUCUCUCAAAUAUCAGAUUCAAAUGGACUAAUGAUAUUUACAAAGUUUGAUCAGUUUUUGAAAGAAGUUCUAAAACUUCCAACAGCUGUGUUUGAGGGGCCUUCCUUUGGAUACACAGAGCAUUCUGUACGGACCUGUUUCCCACAACAAAAAAAGAUCAUGCUAAACAUGUUUUUAGACACUUUGAUGGCUGAUCCACCUCCUCAGUGCCUUGUGUGGCUGCCUCUCAUGCACAGACUUGCCCAUGUUGAAAAUGUCUUCCAUCCCGUGGAAUGUUCGUAUUGCCGGUGUGAGAGCAUGAUGGGUUUCCGGUACCGAUGCCAGCAGUGCCACAACUACCAGCUCUGUCAAAACUGUUUUUGGCGUGGCCAUGCAAAUGGUCCUCAUAGCAACCAGCAUCAGAUGAAGGAGCAUUCCUCUUGG